AUGGCUCAGACACUCCUUUGGAUCGGCCUCGGCAACAUCGGCAGGGGUAUGUGUAAAAACAUUGCGGAAAAGUCCAAACUUGACAAACCACUCCUCAUCUACAACCGCACCACCAAGCGGGCCACGGAACUGAGCCAGAGCCUGCCCGCCGGUAAGACCCAGGUCGUCGAGGCGCUUGGGGACGCCAUCGCGCAGGCCGACAUCAUCUUCACAUGUGUCGCCAACGACCAGGCAGUAGAGGAAAUCUUCGCAACCGCAUCCCAGCAGAAACUUGAGGGCAAAGUCUUUGUCGAGUGCUCAACCAUAGCUCCCGGCGCUUCAGAAGCGGCCGCGAAGGCGGUGCUGGACAAGGGCGCCGAGUUCAUCUGCGCGCCCGUGUUCGGAGCACCCGCCAUGGUAGCAGCUGGCAACGCUACCUUGGUGCUUGCCGGGCCCAAGGCCUCGAUCGAGAAGAUCCGGCCCUAUAUCGAUGCCAUGGCGGCUCGCGAGAUCAACAUGGCUGACGAGCCGUACCACAAGGCGUCGACGUUGAAGGUGCUGGGUAACACCGUCAUCCUGGGCAUGGUCGAGCAGCUCGCUGAGACCUAUGUGGCUGCCGAGAAGAGCGGGCUCGGGACCGGCUACGUGAAGCAGUUUGUCGACGCCAUGUUCGGUGGCAGCCCUUACCCUGCGUACUCGGUGCGCAUGUUGGAGGGUGACUAUUACAAGAGGGAGGAACCGCUCUUCGCCGUUGAUUUGGCAAGGAAAGACGCCGGGCACGCCAUGGCCAUUGCCAAAGCCGCAGGGACACGGCUGCCAAAUAUUGAAAACGCCGAUAGGCACCUACAGAUUGUCAAGGAGCACGUAGGACCAUCAGGUGAUAUGGCCGGCAUCUACGGCGCCGUAAGAAAGGAAGCUGGCCUCAAGUACGAGAACGACUCUUGA